UAGAUUUAAAUGAUAAUAUACCGCAAUUUAUGGAAUCAAUUACAUCUUGUAAGUUGUUUAAAAAUGCAGUGAAAGGACAAUUUGUAACGAUGAUAAAAGCACAUGACUUAGAUCUUAGUAAUGAAAGCCUUUUCUACAAAAUAUUAGACGGAAACAACUUACAAAACUAUGAUAUAAACAACAAGUCUGGCAUUAUAAGAAUAAAUAGCCUUCAUAGGUAUUCUCAAAACUAUCAAACAGCUCUGAAUGUAUCUGUUUCAGACGGCAUCCACACUUCAUAUUCAAGAGUUGAUAUUGUUAUCUACGAUGAAAAUUCAGAAGAGCCCUAUUGUGAAAAACUUGUAUAUGAAAUAAAUGUCAUGGAAAAUCAAAAUCCUGGAAUUAAUAUUUUAAAGAUAACAGCGGUGGAUCCGGAUUGUCCAAAACAUCCAAAAUUAUCAUUUAAAAUUUUAUCGAGAGAAAUGAAUGAAAUCUUUAAUAUAUCAAAAAGUAGUGGUUCAAUAAGUACUAAUUAUAUGUUUAAUCGAGAGGAAAGGAUGUAUUAUGAUUUUUUUGUCGAAGUUAGCGAUGUUGGGAGAAAAUCUGGCUUUUGUUUAGUGAAAGUAACAGUUGAUGACGAAAAUGACAAUUCACCGAUUUUUUCUGCCCUAGAGUACAAAGCAUCGGUCAAAAUGAAUACUCCUUCAAACACUACAUUAUUCAGGGUAAAUGCAUUCGACUUCGACGCUGCAGAAAAUGCAAUUGUGAGGUAUAAAUUAAAUCAAGCUAACGACAACAUCCAAAAGUAUAUACAUGUUGAUAAUAUAGAUGGUAGAGUUAUUCUACUUCAAAAACCAGAUAUUUGGCAAAACAAACUUGUUCAGUUUUUUAUUCGCGCUUACGAUAAAGGCAUACCUCAACUGCAUAGCGAUGUUCCAGUGUCUAUUCAAUUUGUUGACAGUGAUAUUGAAAUUCCAAAUUUUGGUAAUUUCGAGUUGAAUAUAAGUAUAUUAGAAUCGGCAUUGCCUGGCACAAUAUUGACACAGUUAUGGUGUUCUGGAAAUUAUUCUAAAAUAUUUUUGUUGGAUUCAAGUUUUCCACAUUUUUCAAUAUCUGAGACAGGAUUAAUUAUGCUGACUGGAAACCUAGAUAGAGAACUUAAAAAUUUGUAUCAAUUCGUAGUGACAUGUAAAACUAUUACUAUACCCGUCAUGUAUGCCCAAAUCGAAAUAUUUCUAAAUGUUCAAGAUGAAAAUGAUAAUUAUCCCCUUUUUACAAACACAGAGUAUUAUGUUGAAAUUCCAGAGAAUACUAGUAAAGGAUCGUCAGUUUUAAAAGUAACUGCAAUGGAUGAAGAUGAUGGAUUAAAUGCAGAGAUAUAUUAUUAUUUUGAACAUAAAGACUCUUCAACUAAUAAUUUUGAUAUUGACUUUUAUUCUGGAUGGAUUUUACUAACAACACAACUGGAUAGGGAAGAACAAUCCAUUUUUAAAUUUAAUGUGUGUGCUACAGAUAACGGCAAUCCAAAUUUUACAUCAAAAGUGACGGUUAUUAUUAAAGUGCUAGAUUGUAAUGACAAUCCGUCUAUUUUUCAACAAGAAAAUUAUGAGGAAUAUUUAUUUGAGAAUAUUUUGCCAGGUACAGUUCUCACUCAAUUUAUUUUAAUCGAUCUUGACUUAAAAACAAAUGAGAUCGAUUUUUAUAUAAUUUCUGGAGACAUGGACGCGCAAUUCAAUAUAAAACCAACUGGAGAGCUGUUUGUUAAUAAACCAUUGGACCGUGAAUUUAUUUCAAGUUAUAAUUUAACUUUAUUAGCUACAGAUGGAAAAUUUAUUUCAGUUUCCAGUAUUCUAAUUUAUAUUAAAGACAUAAAUGAUAAUUUUCCAAUUUGCUUAAAUUCACGCUAUGACUUAGUUAUUAAUGAGUCAAUAAAAAUUGGAACGCCACUGGCACAAAUAAGUGCUAAUGAUGCAGAUAAAGAUGAUAAGUUAUAUUAUUAUCUUACAGGGUUUCAGUCAGAUAAAUUUAUAGUUGAAAAAGAUACUGGCAUUCUCAAGGUUAUAGGAGUAAUAGAUCGAGAGCGAAACAAUAAUUACGUAUUAACAGUUCAUGUUAAAGAUGGGGAAAACUCAACCAAUGAAUGCAUAUCAGAAAUUAUUAUUACCGUUUUGGAUAUCAACGAUAAUGAACCAGAAUUUUCUACAGAGCAGUUUAUAGUAAGCAUUUACAAAAAAACACAAAUCAACACAGUAAUAGCCAAAGUUCACGCUACCGAUGGAGACAUCGGCCAAAACAAAAAGUUAUUGUAUACAUUUCAAAAAAAAAACUCGUUUUUCUACAUAUACCCUGAAAGUGGUAUCAUAAAAUUGUUAAAAAAUUUAGAGAAUGAAAACAUAUCUCAAUUUAACUUCACAGUAAGAGUACAAGAUUGUGGAGUGCCACCUUUGUCUUCAUUCACACAUUUAAUAAUAAAUAUAUUAUAUGUAAACCAUAAUUCACCAAUAUUUUUAUCGAAAGAAUAUAAUUCUUUUAUAUUUGAAAACUCAUCCAUUAAUACGGAAGUUGCGAAUGUAUUUGCGUUAUCUCAAUAUACUGUAGUCACCAAUAAAAUGAUGUAUUAUAUCAUAACUGGAAACGAUCAAAAACAUUUUCGUAUAAACUCAACAAAUGGGGUUAUAUAUGUUAACGACAGUUUAGACUAUGAACAACUGAAUUCUUAUUUUCUUACAAUUCAAGUUGUCGAUGAAGAAAAUCCCACCUUUUCUAGUAUAUCACUAUUUAAAAUACGUGUUUUAGAUGUAAAUGAUAAUGCACCAAGUUUUUCUCAAAAAUUCUACUGCAUCAAAGUGCAAGAAAAUAUAACGGUUGGUAAAUCAAUUCUGAAACUUGACGCAAAUGACAAAGACUCCAAACAAAAUGGUGUUAUAAAAUACAGCAUUGAAAAUAUUAACAACUUUGAGGAAUUCGACAUUGAUAUGCUUCAUGGCAAUAUCUUUACAAAAAAGAAUCUAGAUAGGGAGUCAACUGCUUCCUUUACACUGAACGUUAGUGCUUGUGAUAGCGGAACUCCAGAGUUAUGUACUUAUGCAAAUGUUUAUGUAGAAAUUAUGGACGUAAAUGAUAACGCACCACUGUUCUCAUCAUCAAAUUAUAGCCUUGUUGUGCAAGAAAGUAAUAGCAUGAGUAAUUUUAUAUUGAAGUUCAAUAUAUUCGACUCUGAUGAAUAUCCAAACACAUAUCCUUUUAUCUUCUAUAUACAUAGAGGAAAUAAUAAUGGUCAGUUUUCCAUAACGCCGAAUGGGUCUCUGAAAAUUGUAUCCAAAUUGAAUCGUGAACUAUGCGAUCUUUACAAUUUACAAAUUCGAGUAUUUGAUAAUGGUACUCCAUCUCUACAUUCAGAUACUUGGGUUAGAAUUCAAGUAGCAGAAGAAAGUCAACAUCCUCCAUUAAUUACACCAUUAGAAAUUACUGUAAACUCUUUUGAGGAUGAAUUUAUUGGAGGUUAUUUAGGUCAGCUACAUGUUACAGACCAAGAUAAACAUGAUACAUUAUAUUUUAAUAUCUCACAAACUGAUGAUGUUACCGGAAUGCAAAAAUUAUUUUAUAUUAAUGGAAAAAAUGGCUUACUUUACGCUGUGGGCAUUCUUGAUGUUGGUGUAUAUAACGUAAGUGUUACAGUUUCGGAUGGAAAAUUUCAAAGUAAUUCUAUUGUGAAAAUAAAUGUACAGUUGAUAAAUUCUGAGUUAAUAGCAAAAUCACUUACAAUAAGAUUGAAAAAGGUGUCCGCAAAAGACUUUUUAUUAAUACACCAAAAAAGUUUUGUUCGUUCAAUUUCUGCAGUAAUGGGAUGCCCUACAAAAAAUGUAGUCAUUAUUUCACUUUCAAAUGGGACAAGUAACCGAAUAAGAAAUAGAGCUUACUUAAAAAAAGGAAUUUCACUUACUACUUUGAAUGUUGUAUUCGGAAUUCAAAAUCAACAAAAUAUAUAUAAAAAUUAUACCUCAGAAUAUAUGUACACAACUAUUACAAAUCAGAUCGAAGAAAUAGAACACGACACAAAACUUUUGAUAGAAGAAUUAAGGGAACCUUAUUGCUCGAAAGAAAUAUGCUCUAAUGGAAUUUGUGCUAAUAGCAUCAAAUUACAUAAAAGAAAUUUUACUGUAUACGAUUUAGAUAUUGUUAGCUUCGUUGUUCCGCGUUAUGAAGAAACAGUAAAGUGCAUUUGCAAACAAGGUUUCAAUGGAAACAAUUGUGAAACAAUUGUAGACGUUUGUGCUUCUAAUCCAUGCACAUCACAGAAAUUUUGUGUUCAAACAAAAACUUUGAAGGGUUUCGAAUGUAUUUGUCCAAAGGGAUUAACUGGUGAAUAUUGCGAAUCCGAUGUGGUUAUGUCGUUUAAAGGAAAUAGUUACGCACAUUACAAAAUUAAUAACGGUUUUGCUAAACUUUCUUCAACAAAUCAAUUUCAUUUCAGCUUUCGUGUUAUUACUAUACAAACUACCGCUACCUUACUAUAUGUAAGUGGAAAAAUUGAUUAUAAUAUACUUGAAAUUUUUCAAGGAACAGUACAAUAUAGAUUUGAUUUAGGGACUGGAGAAGCGAUUGUAAGCGUUAAAACUGUAAACAUUUCAGACGGAAAUUGGCAUACAAUUAUGUUAGAUAGAAAUAUAAAUAGUGCAACGCUGAUUGUUGAUGAAAAGUACUCAUCUGAAGGACAAGCACCCGGGAUAAAAGUGAUGUAUAACACUCAUAACAAUGACAUUUUUUUCGGAGCGGAGGUAAGACGUUCUAUAAUGAUUGGUUAUGAUGAAAUUCGAAGAGGAUUUUGGGGAUGCUUAGCCGAUUUGAAAUUUUCUUUUAUAUUGCUACCACUUCACAGAUAUGAAAGUAAUUCAAUUGUUUCCUUGAAAAGAUUCAACAACAUAGAUUUUACAUGCAAUAUUACCAACAUAUUGACUCGCCAUGAAAAAUGUGGAGCACAACCUUGCCAAAAUGGAGGGCAAUGUUUGAAAUUGAACCAAACUAACUUUCAAUGUAAAUGUCCUCCACGAUAUUCUGGAAGAGCGUGUGAAUUUGACUUAAAUCCUUGCAUUUCAAUGCCUUGCCUGAAUGGUGGUCUCUGUCAGUAUGUGCAUUUGGGAAACUAUUCAUGUAUAUGUCCAUCAAAACUGUCUGGAAGACAUUGUGAGUAUGGAAAAUUUUGUAGUCCGAAUCCAUGUAAAAAUGGAGGGCUUUGUAUAGAAGACGAAAUGUCAUCCCAUUGCAUUUGUCCCGGUUAUACGGGUACUACAUGUGAAGUAGAUAUUAAUGAAUGUGACAAUAAUCCUUGUGAAAAGGGAACAAUAUGUAUAAAUAAGCUCGGAAGUUAUCAAUGCAUUUGCUCGAUUUUUAAUAAUGGAUCCAAUUGUAUUGACUUAUUACAUAUCAAUUCAAUUUCGAAAUUCAAAACCAUAAUUAUUGAUCAAACAACAAGCUUAAUCACAGUUAUUGGACUUAUAGUUAUUGUUGUACUUAUUUUAUUGUAUACUAUAGUGUCAAAAAAUCAAUCAUGUAAAAUAAAGAACAAUUCCUCAGUCUGUAAGAAAACAAUAAGUGAAGUUAAUGACCUCAAAUUCAAACAUACUGUCAAUAAUUUAAUGCCGCCAGUAAAUGAAAACGUGUAUACACAAAAUACAUUAGUUAACGAUUUAGAUAUUGUUCGAAGUUAUGGAAUAGUAGCAGAUAAAUGUGAGAGAGAUUCAUUGGAGUUUCAAAUAAAUAACCAAUCAAGCCAGAGACAUAAUAUUAUUCUAUGUAACUAUUCAGCAAGUGAUCUUAUUCCGAAAAAUAUAAGUGAGAAAAAGCACUUCAAAACUUUUAGAGAAAACAAACUUAACUAUGAAACACACGUUUUCACGAACGACGAAUAAAAAGCAAAAUAAUGCAGUGGCUAAAAGAUGAGAGAGCAAUGCGCAAGCAACUAAAAACCAACAACGGCGAAAUUAAUCAACUGUAAAUAAACAACAGAAUAAGAAUUUACACGCACACAAUGACAUCAAAAUGCAAACCAGCCGUAAACAGACAGUUACGCUACGUUAUAGUUUGGUCUGAUGGGUAUAUAAGAAGACGCAUUUACUUAGAAAAGUUAGUUAGUAUCAUUCGGAGUCGCCAAGUGAAUCAUUCGGAGACAUUACCAGAGCACUGAUGUACACGGAGCUAAGUAUAAAGAAGCACCUUUCUAUUUUUUAUUUAUGUAUAUAUCUUUUAUCCUUUCACUA